AUGAUCGAAAGAUUUCCCCGACAGCUUAAAGCUGCAUCGUGCGCUACUGCUGAUUCAUUUCGAUGGAUUGAGUUUCUCCCUAUUGUUCUCUUGGGUCUCCGCUCUUCUAUCAAAUAUGAUAUUGGAUAUUCUCCUGCAGAAUUAUAUUAUGGUUCUUCCUUCAGGCUGCCUGAUCAUAUGAUUGUUCCUGCAAACACGCAAGGUGUCGACACUACAAAUUUCGUUGAACGCUUGCGUGAUUAUAAGUCAAAGUUACCAUAUAUGAACACCAGAAAACAAGAUAUUAAAACAUAUUUGCCUAAGGAAUAUUCUUCCUGGACUCAUUUUUUUGUCCAUAACGAUGCGCUUAAACAUCCUUUGACAGCACAGUAUUCGGUGCUUCAUGUAGGGGUAAAGACUUCAUGUACGAAUAAAGUUUCCAUCUUAGACCUUAACGGUCGUAAAUUCAUUCUAUCUCUUGUUAUACUAAAAAACGGCUCACAUUGA